CGCAUGAGGUCGCAUCAGUCGGGUUUCUGCGCUUGCCGGUGUUGGGUCUCAGCCUUUCUCGACUCUUACAAUUUUCGUAUUAUAGUAAACUUUAGAUUUUAAUAGGUUAAGUUGUUAGUUUUUUUUUAAUUAUAUAUUUAAUUUAGUGUCGUAUUUAUUUUACGGUGUGUUUAAGUGUGAUUACCUAUUUAUUUCAGUGUAAAAUUAGACGAACCUUAAUUCAUUCCGAGGCGAGUGCUAUGGCCAAAACAGAGAAGUCUUUUCCGAGAAACUUUACAGGUUGUUUAACAUGUGUCCAAGUGUUGAAUAUAAUGGUGCUGUUGGGUUUCAUGCUCAACUAUGCCCUGCGUGUGAACCUCACCAUUGCCAUAGUGGAAAUGAUUUACGAUGUCAAGGACAACGCCACAGCGCUGAUCGUAAACGCCACCCACGACACCUUGAACGUAACACAGCACCCAGAACACAUUCAACAGACCCGUUACCAUUGGGACACAAAGCAGAAGAACCAUCUUCUUGGCUGUUUCUUCUGGGGCUACGUUCUCACAGAACUUCCAGGUGGUCGCCUCGCAGAAAUCAUUGGCGCUAGGCGGGUGUUUGGCUACAGCACUUUGCUGGCUAGCUUGCUCACCCUUUUUACUCCAGCUGCAGCUUCCUUGGGUUUUGGAUGGGUGGUAGCUGUGAGGGUAGUUCUCGGCUUUAUGUUGGGAGCAACAUGGCCAGCAAUUCUUCCGAUGGCCUCAAAGUGGAUACCUCCCAUGGACAGAUCUAAAUUCAUGUCAAACAUGAUGGCGUCGUCUCUGGGCGCGGCGAUCACCAUGCCCAUCUGUGGCUUCCUAAUAGCGCACUUCGGCUGGGAGUCUGCGUUCUACUUCACUGGGAUAAUCGGGGUGAUGUGGUCGGUUGCCUGGUUCGCUAUGGUCUACGACUCGCCUGCUCAGCAUCCGCGCAUCUCCGAAACGGAGAGGAACUAUCUCAUGAAGGCGUUGCCACAGGAGAACAACACAAAAGGGCAUAUGCCAGUGCCGUGGCGCAGCAUGCUGCUGUCUGCGCCGGUGUGGGCCAUCAUCAUCACCCACGGUGCCUCCGUCUUCGGCUACUUCACCGUCGUCAACCAGCUGCCUACCUACAUCGAGAGCAUCUUGCACUAUACCAUCAAGCACAACGGUCUCCUGUCCUCGUUGCCUUACCUGGGCAAGUACCUGUGCGCGCUCGCGUCGUCUGUACUGGCAGACCAUCUGAGGCGCAGCGGCCGACUGUCAACCACCACCGCUAGGAAGGUGUUCACUGGAUUCGCUGUGGGACUGCCAGGCGUGAUGAUGCUAAUACUGACCUUCUACGGAGAGGACCGCGUGUGGAGUAUCGCCAUCUUCACCGCUGCACUCACCAUCAACGGCGCCGUCACUGCCGGCUACCUCGGCAACGGGCUGGAUAUCGCGCCCAACUUCAGCGGUACAAUCUUUGGCAUGGCCAAUACUCUGUCAUCGUUUGGUGGGUGGCUGUCCACCUUCAUGGUUGGAGAACUGACAAAGGAACAUAACACUGCCGACCAAUGGAUGAUAGUAUUCUACAUUCUGUCGGCUACUUAUAUCUUGGGCGCUCUGUGUUUCGUUUGCUUCGGAUCCGGCGAGAGGCAGCCCUGGAGCUCCCCGCCUGUUGCCCCCAAGCAGGAGGAAGAACCCUUACACGAGGAAAAGGCUUAAAUAGGGAAGAAAGGGCUGUGCAGGCCACUUGUGGGUUGAAAAGCUUAUAUCAAAAACUCCGAAUGAAAGUAACUAGGUCAAAAAAAAAAUGGUCUCUUAUUUUCACAGGGUUGUGCAUACUUAACCGACAAUUAAAGUUCUUAGUCAGCUACAUUGAAUAUGUAUGUAGCUCCUUAAAACUUUAAUUAUCGUUAGGUGCUUUCGUUAAAAUUUGCAAAUUCAGAAAUUACGAGAAUUUUCAGUAAGAUCACUUCAUUGAAGGAUGCGAUAUGUGAGCUUUAUAGUUUUUAUUUAGGCAAGUUUAUAUGUGGGAUGUACAGCUUAUAUGUGGGCGGUGUAGCUUAUGUGUAGGUUAUACAGUUUAUAUGUGGGCUUUACAGCUUAUAUGUUGGCUUUACAGCUUAUAUGUGGG